UUGCCUUCAAAUUUAUUCACCCAAAACUAUUUUGAAAAAUUCUUCAAAAUUAAUAAAUUACUAGGCCAGGGCGCUAAUGGCAUUGUUUAUAAAGUUGAACAUUUUAUAAACGACUUCUCUCUAGGUUUUUUUGCUUUGAAAAAGAUCCCCAUUGGCAAUUCCUCAAACCUAAAAAAAAUACUCAACGAAGUAGAGCUACUAUGCAUCCUAAGUCACUCAAAUUUAAAUCUAGUCAAAUAUAAUCAUGUUUGGUUAGAAAUCGACUCAAUGUCUCAAUUCGGUCCAAAGAUCCCAUGUGCUUUCAUCUUAACUGAAUAUUGCGACGGAGGCAAUUUGGAAGAACUAGUCAACGAUUUUAUCAAUCCCAAACUAUCAACAAACGAAAUCAAAAACAUUAUUAGACAAAAGAGAAAAUUGAAAAAAAUCAAUAAAAAUAAAGACAACUUGAACUCAUUUCCUCAAAUUGAAACAAGAUUAUUAAAUUAUCUAGAAAUUUUAAAAUUCUUCAAAGACACAACAAGUGGUGUAAACCAAUUGCAUAAAAACCAUAUCAUUCAUAGAGAUUUAAAACCUUCCAAUUGCUUAUUAUCUUAUAAAUAUGAUUUCAAAAAGUUUUCUCAACUUGAUUUCAAUUACAAUAGUAAUAAUAAAAAUAAAUGCAUACAAUUUUUAAACUCGUUACCUACUGUUUUUAUAUCAGAUUUCGGUGAAAGCCAAUUUGAAGGCAAUAAAAGAACUUCAACGGGCUCAACGGGUACACUAGAAUUUGUUGCUCCUGAAUUUCAUAAAAAAUAUAAAAACUUGAACGAAUUCAACAAGAAAACCGAUAUCUUUGGAUUGGGAAUGAUUUUAUUUUUUUUAUGUUUUGGAAAACUUCCAUAUUCCGCUAGUUUAUUCAAUGACGAAGAAGACCAAGAGUAUAGUGAAUUGAAAAGCGAAAUAAUAAAAUUCAAUAUAAUAAAUUUUUUCCAGUCAAAUGUAUUUAAAAGGGAAUAUUAUCGAAGAGAUUUGCCAUUGGAGAUUUAUGUUUUGUUAGAAUCGUUACUAAAUUACGAUGCAGAUAAGAGACCAUUAACUGAGGAUAUUCUAAUAACGAUUGAU